AUGAAUCGUGUAUUAUAUCAUCUACAUGCCGGUCUCCGUUCAAUAUCGGAAAAGCAGCUUGCUCUUUUUCCUCUUCGAAUAGCUUCAACAAUUCAAGAAUUAAAUCGUCAAUUCACGUCCACAAUAACAGCACAAUUUGGCAAUGAGCCGUAUAGUAUACUUGUUACAAACUGUCUAGAUUAUGUCAAAAAAUAUUUUCAAUACGAAGAAGAAUUACUGAAAUAUUCACCAUGGCUAUUGACAAGAUUAAAACAACAGCGACAUACCGCUUUGGCUCGUAACGAUUUUGAACGUUUAUUUGAUAAAAGUUGCUCACUCACUUCCACCAGUUCGUCGGCAAUUUCGAAAGUACAAUCUUCUUCUGUCUCAACAACAUCAGUUAUCCAAACCAAUCUUGCGUUACCCACUUCCACUUUGUCACAACAGACCACGAAGCAAACUACAAUUGAUACUAGUAAAUCGUUCUGGAGUACAAAUCCAGUACCUGAAACAUCAACAUGGUUAAAAGACUCGAAUACAAAUCGUAUCAAUUUGGAUAGUGGCUCACGCAAACAACAAGAACAAACAUCGUCCACGAUUUCAAGUUCUCCAACGUCAACAGAUAAAAGUACUAGAAAGGAAUUUCCAGCAUUUCCGCAAGUUCAAUUCACUUCACCAUCAUCUUCCAUAUUUCAACGAUCAUCACCGACAACGGCUACGACAAGUACUACAUCUACAACAGCAACAACAGCAAAAGAUUCACCAGCCAAUUCUGGUAUAUUUCCUUUUCCUGUAUCAAGUUCAUCAUUCUACCCCAAAUCCAACGAAGAAAAUGAAGAAGAAUCGAGUGAACCGCCACAACCCGAACAAGUGAAAUAUGAACUAGAUGCCAAAAUUAGUUAUAAAUGUCGUAUGGCAGUAAAAAAAGGUGAUAAGUUAAUCAAACGUGGACAAGUACAAGUUCAUGUGAAAGAAAUUGAAAGUAGUUCUAAACGACAAAUGAUUAUUCGAUCCGAUGAUUCAUUGGGUCGAUUAUUUUUAAAUAUUCAAUGGUCGAAAAACAUUGAAAUGAAAAAAAAUUCAACAAAAGAUAUAACAUUUUGGUGUAUGCUUAAUCCAGCAAUGUCGGAAAUUGCAGCUGAUCAAGUGAUUAAUAUGCAUAAAAUACCGUUGAAUAAAAUUCUUGAUGAUGAUGAUGAUAUCGAUGAAUCUGAUUAUGGUUUUAAACCAGCAUUACCUUGCAUGGAUAAUGAAGGAUUAAAUAAUAUUGAUUUAAAUAAAAUGCCAAUGACUGGUGAAGAAUAUUUGAGACAGGUUCGAUUUCAAGCAUCAAAAUUACCUGAUUAUCGAAAAGCGGAUGUUAAAGCAACAUCUGAUUCUUCAUCGAAUAGAACACAUAAUUGGCAUACUUUAUUUCUUGUAAGUAGAGUCAUGUGGAACAAACUUUUUUCUGUUGCCCCAAGCCCGUGAGCAAGUUAUGUUGUCCCAGACCCGUUGGCCCCACGAAAAAAAUUUACGGGUUUUUCUCUUUGUCCCAUAUUUUUUGAAAAUAUUUUUCUGUCUUGAUAAACCGUAACAGUUACAAGAGAUGAUUAAAGUCUCUAACUUAUUUUUAUAAAAAAUCGGCGUGAAAAAAUUUAAGCUGUUUGAUUCUAAAAUUAAACGUUACUGUAUAAAAAAAUGUUUUACAUCCACUCACUUACUAUUGUCCAUCCAAAAAAAGAAUGGUAUAUGACUGUUUUUUAAAUAACUUUCGAUAGGAAAAAGCUAAAGAGCUUCAAUUUUCACCAUUCGAAAGAGGAGACUUGGUGAUAUG